AAUGGCUGAUUUCAUGUAAGUUUGCUCCUUCUGCUUUCCGUGAAUUGGCGGCGAGUAGACCAGUCGCAGGCCGCAGCGAUGCAGAACAGCAACGCAGCGAACACCUCUUUCUAUCUGAUUUUGGCACCUGUGACAACAGUCACUGCUGCGACUGCAUUGGAGCCCCUCGCGCAGCUUCACCCUGCAACACGUGCUGAAUCUCCCGAAAUUGCCGCUCCCGUUGCAAUUCCACGAUCUUCCAGCGUGUCUGUUGCGAUUUGCCCGCCACCAGCCUCAUGGAAUCCGCCGGGUUCGGGAAUGGAAUCCGACAACGGGUGCGGAUCAGUGAAUAAAGGAAAGACCCAGUCGAGAGGUGGCUGCAAGUACUGCUCGCGGAAUGUGCGGGAUGAGGCGUGUCCGUGGCAUUCACCGCGUCUAACCGAUACCGAAGUGCUUCCCUUGGCGUUGGCCACGCUUCCUGCGUCGCUUUCCUUUCUUCGCUCUUCGGCCAAUGUGGAUGGCCUGCAACACGGGAUUCGGAAGAACAAAUCGUGACUGUCGGGCGCCAGUCAGCGCGGCCCAAAAUGUGCGUGUAUUACCUGCUCGAACGUGACUAUAAAGUUCUCGACAUUCAACUGGGCAAACACGAAGUCCGAGCAGAUGGCGGUCAGCUGGGGUAAGUCGUACUUGUCCGCACAGCGCAUUGUCGGGAAGACGUUGUCAACCGUGAGGUUUUUUUCAUCCACGGCAUCGG